AUGGCUUGGAGCAGUCCUUGUUGUAUAUCUGUACCUUUUCUUAUUCUGCUAAUAGUUUUUCUUUCUUUCUUGCCACACCUUACUCCAGUUAGCGAAGACCUGAAAAUGAGAAAAUUGGGUACCAUGCCAAGUCCACCUCCUUCACCCAGAUUUGCGAAUCCACUAAUUCCUGGUGGUCAUCAUCCUGGUCCUCCAUUAUACAUCCAUCUGAAAAUGAGAAAAUUAGGUCCUGUGCCAAGUCCACCUCCUCCACCAAGGUUUGGUUCGCCAAAGCAACCUGAGUAA